AUGUUGCUUUUCCUCCUCGUGGGUUUAACAACCUGUUUCUUUUUUUCCCUCGACAACGACCGGCUGUUCGCCAGCUACCAGAAGUGCAUCAUGGACGAAGGCCCUUGCACCAACGACGGCCAGCUGCUCAGAGAGGCCAUCCCGGACGCGCUGACCAACUGCUGCGCCAAGUGCAACGACAAGCAGAAGGACGGCGCCAGGACCGUGAUCAAGCACGUGCGCGAGCAGAAGCCCGACGUGUGGGUCAAGCUCACGGGCAAGUACGACACCGAUGGCAAAUACGAGAAGCAGUACGAUAAGGACAUGAAGGAGCCGGAUUGUUUGACCAGCUCCCGAUAAGAGCCCUUCCCCCUUUUCGGGACCGGCGCGGCGUUCCUGAGACUUCGCCGCGACACCGCGACACCGCGACAGCAGCGUGACUGUUCCGUCAGCCGGUUCUGCUGGUGGAUUCAGCUACAAAACAAAUAAUAUGAAUCAUUAUAAUAUAUAUAUAAUUUUUUUUUGUGAAAAUAAUUCCAA